AUAACAGUUUCCUGCUGAUACAGUGAUAGUGUAGAAGCUUCUUUUCCUUCGUCUCGUGUAGUCGUUCCGAAACCCCUACGUAUACUUCCUAAUCGAUCGAAUCGUAAUCGAUCGCAUCGAUCGCUCUGAUCGAUCCCCAUGGCGACGAUCAAAUGCGUCAAGGCUCGCCAGAUCUUCGACAGCCGCGGCAAUCCCACCGUGGAGGCGGAUGUUUGUCUCAGUGAUGGAACCUUCGCGAGAGCCUCGGUGCCCAGUGGCGCGUCAACAGGUGCAUAUGAAGCUUUGGAGUUAAGAGAUGGAGGAUCAGAUUAUCUGGGGAAAGGUGUUCUCAAGGCUGUUAACAAUGUGAAUAGUAUCAUUGGACCAGCAUUGAUUGGGAAGGAUCCCACUGAGCAGGCUCAGAUUGACAAUUUCAUGGUUCAACAGCUUGAUGGGACCUCGGAUGAGUGGGGUUGGUGCAAAAGAAAGCUUGGUGCUAAUGCAAUAUUGGCUGUAUCACUUGCUGUGUGUAAAGCUGGAGCUAGCGUCAAGAAGAUCCCUCUUUACCAGCAUAUUGCCAAUCUUGCUGGCAACAAGAACUUGGUCUUACCUGUGCCCGCAUUCAAUGUCAUAAAUGGUGGAUCACAUGCAGGAAACAAGCUGGCUAUGCAGGAAUUCAUGGUCCUUCCAGUUGGGGCCUCCUCUUUCAAGGAAGCCUUGAAAAUGGGUGUAGAAGUUUACCAUCAUUUGAAGGCUAUUAUCAAGAAGAAGUAUGGACAAGAUGCUACUAAUGUCGGCGAUGAAGGUGGUUUCGCUCCCAAUAUUCAGGAGAGUAAAGAGGGCCUUGAGCUUUUGAAGGCAGCUAUAGCAAAAGCAGGAUACACAGGCAAAGUUGUCAUUGGAAUGGACGCUGCUGCUUCAGAGUUUUAUGAUGAGAAGGAUCAGACUUAUGAUCUGAACUUCAAAGAAGAGAACAAUGAUGGUUCUCAGAAGAUAUCUGGAGAUAGUUUGAAAGAUGUAUACAAGUCCUUUGUCGCAGAUUACCCCAUUAUAUCGAUUGAAGACCCGUUCGAUCAGGACGAUUGGACCCACUAUGUGAAGUUGACAGAAGAGAUUGGAGAGCAGGUUCAGAUUGUUGGAGAUGAUCUUCUCGUCACUAACCCGAAGAGGGUUGCCAAGGCAAUAAAGGAAAAGGCAUGUAAUGCCCUUCUCUUGAAGGUGAAUCAAAUAGGGUCUGUGACUGAGAGUAUUGAAGCUGUGAAAAUGUCCAAGAGAGCUGGAUGGGGUGUAAUGGCUAGUCACAGAAGUGGUGAAACUGAGGAUACAUUCAUUGCUGACCUCUCAGUCGGUUUGGCCACGGGCCAGAUCAAAACCGGAGCACCUUGCCGAUCCGAACGCCUUGCCAAAUAUAAUCAGCUUCUCAGGAUUGAAGAGGAGCUCGGUCCUGUAGCUGUCUACGCAGGAGCUAAGUUUAGGGCACCUGUAGAACCUUACUAGAAAGAUUAACCACAGGAGGCAGUUGAGUUGGACAUACUCAGUAGCAGUGUAUGCAUAUGUAUGUAUAUAUAUGUUCUACUCCUUUUGAGGCCGCUAGUUGCUUUGCUCUUUAGUCGGAACAAUAAGGCAAUAUGACCAUCGAAAAACAAGAUGAGUGUUUGUGCUAUCUUGUAGAGUGCUUUUGUUACAAUACCGGAGGUUUCGUAACACAGAUCAGCUCUUUUGGGUAAUAAUAACUUUCUUAACAAUGUGAGUUGACGAUUUAGAAGUUCUUCACCA